CUUGUUUUUAUCAAUGGUUAGCUAGGUCACUAGUCAUUGAUAUCCGGUUUCAGAAUUCUGAGUUAUGAACAGGUACGGUCGAUCUCCACCAAGAAUCGAUGGGAUGGUAUCGUUGAAAGUUGAUAACCUGGCAUACAGAACAACUAUUGAUGACUUGCGAAGAGUUUUCAGCCGAUUUGGCGAAGUUGGUGAUAUCUACAUACCUAGAGAUCCCUACACUUUCGAGAGUCGAGGAUUUGCUUUCGUUCGAUACUGCACUGACCGUGAGGCUGACUGUGCCAUACGCGGUAUGGAUGGCCAUAAGGUAGAUGGGAGAGAAGUCCGAGUCCAAAGAGCAAAAUAUGGUCGACCAACUCCAAACCGUCGAAGGUUAGAAUCAUUUUGUUAAAACUGCUUUUGUGUACAUUACCCUAAGUCACAAGUUACAUUUCAUUUCGCGUUUAUAGCGACCUAACGAAAAGAAUUGGAUUCGAAAAUAUUCUAGAAAUCAUCCAUGAAAUCUCGGUAAUAUCAAUAAAAAGUAGUAUAUAUUCCCACACGAGAUGCUAUUUUAUGUACUUAAAUGUCGAUAUCACAAGUUCCCUGCUAAAAAUUUGACGCGAUUUUAAAGGAGUGAAAUGGUAAUCGAUGAACAUACUAGCGUAAAUAAAUUUUGGAAGCAUAUAAUUCCUGCAUUCCACUGAAUAACAGCCAAAGUUAAGAAUAUCUGUGCACGUCAGUAUAGAGUGCCGAUUGAGAAAACAGCAGUGUGUAGAUGCUAUAUUCCAUCGAAUAAAGAUCAGACUGGAGUUUGUCUACGAGGACAGUUUGUUGUAUGUCACCAACAAAGAACAGGUGCUUAGCACAGUGUUUCUUGACUGAUGUGUCGGUUUCAUGUUCGGGUGUUGACUGUGAGGUGAUCUCUUCAGGAUAAAUUGUCAAAUGGGUUUCCAGCACUGAACGUAACGAAGUAUCAUAGAUAUAUAGAGAUUGCAUGUAUAAAUGUCGAGACAAGUCAGUGAUCACAAUGGUGCAUUGGGUAGGGUCUAUUGUGUUGGGAUAAAUUGGUUGUUUCGACGAUGCACAUCGGUAUUAAGUGUCGAUUGGAAAGAUAGAUGGUGUCUAGAAGGUUUACUUUUGUUCAUCUUUUAUUUGUCGUUAAUGUUUCUAUUACGCAGUUGCAGCACCAGUCGCCUAAGUAUGAAAUAGUAGACUGCGCAAAAUUGUUUCUCGGCUACUAGGGUUUCCAUUGUUUGUGUUCUAUGUGAUAUCUUUGGUUUGGUAAGUGUAAGCUUGACUCACGUAUCCGGAUUGUGUAGUCAUGUACUGGUUGCGAACAGUUUUGUUAGAUUUAGAAAUGUGGUUGGAAUUCACCUCGCAUUCUAUUAGAGCCUGACUCUGGUCGGGUGUCAGAAGGAUGCUACAUUAAAAGGAGGGUAUUUGUGGAGGCAAUUUUGCUUCCCGAAUAGCUCCUACAUUGUUUGUUCCCUAUAGGGUGUUGUGUGGAGUGUGUGUAUGGUCCUAGUUUCGGCCAGUGCUAGAUUAAAAUAAACAAUAGUCAUUGACGUUUCCCAUCCUAGAGUUUUUGCAGUAGCAUGUACUUAUGUUUAUUACGAGUCUCUGUAAACUUGGUUGGAGAUUGGUAUUGCAUUUUCAUAGUACCAGAACAUUGUUCUGGUCUCCCAAAAUGCUAUAUUGAAGUAGACGGUCGCUAAUGGUAUUCACGUGUUUCUAGUACCGUUUCUACAAUUGUUUUCCAUACAAAUUGAUUUGAUUGAUUGGGGAUUGUUCUUCUGAGUUCAAUCAGUUUAUGGGAUUUACUCACCCUAAAUUGUGCAGAGUGUGAUUCGAUAAUGUUGCUUGCAUAUGAGUGCCAGUUGUUACACUGACAUGUAAGUGGGGUGUGACUGACUGCUCCAAUGUUAAGUGUAUUGCGCCUAAAGUGUAAUGAGGUGUCUAUGGUGUUAUAUGUGAUCUGAUUGAGCGUUUGCCUGUCAAAUGUUGCUGGACAAACUAGUGUUUGAUAGCCGCAAGUGAUGUGGACGAUGUCUAAUAUUGUUUAGUUUAGCAUUGAGUGGUUCUAUCUAACCCGGUGUUAUUAUAUGGUGAUGUGUUCAGGUCGGUUGUAGUUAGGUGUGGUCAUUAGUGUAGUCACCGAUAGGGUUAGGUGAAUAAUGAAUAUGUCAGACGGUUUGUGUAUAUGAACCGAAGUGCUGUUAGGUUAAUGAAGGCAGGUAUGUAUGUGUUUAAAAUUUUGUUUUGGAUUGUGCUGCAAGAGAAGUGUUAGAUUUUCGCAAGAAUUUGCAUUGUGCGUUCAUGUGUUUCACGUUGAUCAGGAAUUGUUUUGUUGGUGUAUAAGUCGGCGAAUUCGACACGCGAGAUUGUGAAUCGAAGAAGGGAGUGGGGAAAAUUAUGUGUUUGUCCUACCGACUGUUAGUUUGAGUGAUGGUGUCAACCACUUGUAAGUAUCGUGCAGUUUUCACUCGGGUUCAAUGUAGUAGAGUGAUGUUAGUUGGUUGUAAGUUUUUACUGAGUCAUAUAGUCGUUCAUUUGUUGGGAAUUAACCUUCUUUCAUCCAAGUGGGUAUCUGUGCAGAUUUGAUUAUGUGUAUGUUGCUCGUAUUAUUUAUUUGUGACACGUAACGUGUUUGGUACAAUUGAGUGCUAGGAAACGCACCAGAUGAUACGAAGUGAAGAUAGGUGUUCAAAAAGACAAAGUGGCUGGGGAAGUCCUGUAGUCACGACGAGAAUGAGGACUUUAAGAGAUACAGUUCAAGUUUCGGAGGAACGUCAAAUAGGACUACCGAAUAAUCACCACUGGCUUUUAUUCUGAGUCAUGUUCAGUGACAUCUCACUGCACUGAGUUGUACGAUUGGUAGGAGGAGGACCGUUGUUGAGGAGUGAUUGUUGAAUUGCGUUGUGGCCGCGGUUGGGACUUAGUUAGGUUUUGAUGAUGUAUAGAGAAGCUGCGCCGGUGUUUUUACAAUUGGUGAGAUAAUGAAAUAAUGUAUUGUUGUGUUUGUGUAGUAAACAGAGUUAACAGUUGGUGCCCCACAGUAUUGGUGGUGACAUGUUGUUUGUGCUCAGCUGAUGAAUUGAUAACUGGUUGUCAUCCAUUUUGUGUUUCAAGUGGGUAUCAUGCCUUUCGGAUUUGUGCAACGUGUUAUUCUUUUUAAGGGUACAAUUGUUAAAUGUUAGACUUCGAUUAAUGAGGUUGCUAUUUUUUUACGUCAAGACAGUUUGAUUGAGCAAUGAAUUUGUUGGCGAAUACCACAUAAGUAGUAAUAUAAGAAGGAUGGUAAGCGGGCGUUGACGGGAAAGUGGGAAAAUGCAGGAGAAGUUUUUAUUCAGUGGCGUGAAUGGAUGUGGCAUGAAAUCAUUUAUGGGUUUUGGUCUGUUGGAUUUAUGCCUGCUUAACGAAGCGUCACGGAAGUGAUAUUGGAUUUUGCAGGAAUCUUCUGGUGGCUCUUGAGGGGAGCGCGUUAUAUCUCGUAAGAGUUGCCGUUGCACGCCUGUGAGGAGGCGAAUUGAUGUGGAACUAUGAAGAAUGGCCAGUGUAUAGUGCUGUAACAGGAACUGGAGUAUACACGUAUAUGUAGUAGAACGAAAUAAUAAAGAUGUUUAGUGAAUGGCAUCUGACGAAGGCUGGUUAACAAGCCUAGUGCUUCAGUGAUGCCAAAAUGAACGUAGCAAUCACUGGCGGUGUGCAUCGCAUCCCGUUAAAAUUGCUUCUACAUAUUGAAACAUGAUUCUUUUUGUGCAUUCCGCUAGAGCCUGACUGUAGUCGGGUGUUUUAGGAAUGCUAUAUUGAAAGGAUUGAUUUGUUGGCAAAACUACUGUCUACUGUGAAUCUCUCCUACAAAGUUGCAGAUUCAGAUGUUAGAUUUUUGUGCAUUUUCAUAGUACCAGGAUAUCGUUCUGGUCUCCCAAAAAUGCUAUAUUGAAGUAGACGGUCGCUAAUGGUAUUCACGUGCCUCUAGUACCGUUUCUACAAUUGUUUUCCAUACAAAUUGAUUUGAUUAAUUAGGGAUUGUUCGUUUGGGCUUGACCAGGUGAUUGCCUGACAUUUGGACAGUCCAUAUAGAUGAGAUGACAAAUAGAAAGCGUUGUGGAUGAGAAGUAUACUAUUAGGAUUUAGCCUACCAUGAGUGGCGAUUACGUAGUAUUUGCGUACUAUAUGCAAACCAAUUUUAUGGGGAUGCUUGUUAGUCUGUAUGAAGAAUUUCCCGACGGUGAAGUUUUUAUAUGUUUAGUGUACUGUGUGCAUUGGUUAUUGUGUUUUACUUGGUAAUAAGUGUAGGUAUAGCUAGUUAAUUAUUCUCUCUGUAUUUCAAUUUAUCUUGUUAUAUUUGUUCUACUUCUCUCUUUAAUUAUUGGUGUCCGCUUGCAUGCAUCAUUUAUCACUAUUUUUGUGUAACUGUAUUCUCGCAAAUGAGUUCACUUUUAACUUUUCAGACGAUCGGUUACUCCGCGACGUAAUGGACGGCGUUCUCGUUCUUUCUCGUCUGGUCGUGACAGGCGGUCACCACGUAGAAUGAACGAUCGAUAUCGUCUUCCUUCUUCUCCCCGACAUUAUAGUCGGUCGUUAUCAAGAGAACGACGUUGACUGCUGACGCUUAUUUAACUUGUUCAUUGUUUUUAUUGGUUUAUACAUAUAUAUCAUGAAUCUAUCAUCUAACUAAGCCUUUUGCUUUUCUUAUCAGCUAAUAUCCUGCCGAUAUGGAUUGCCUGUAUGCUAUGCUGAUACAUGGGAGAUUGCUGUUGUUCGCAGUGUCAGGCGAGACAGUUUUGAUCAGUUAGCUGUUUGCAGAUUUUUAACUCGGAGUUUAGCUGUUAAUCUGGAAACAUAGUUGUGCUGGUGUGCAGUUAAAUCUUUCCGGCAAAGCGGCUGUCUGAUGGUGAGACUAGCAGGUUUUGCUGUGGUGCUGUAGCUGUUCACACAUUGUGUUAUGGGGAUUAGUCGGUGUAGGUCUAAAGGUUGCUCUACAGAGUAACCAAGAUAGCCAAUUCUCAAAGCGUGAACAGAAUUUGCUUGCGGACAUUUGGCGUUGACAACCAAGGUUGUUCAUGCUGGUGGGUGUGUGAGCUGUGGGGGUGGUUACAUGACUGCAGCAGGAUUGCCGAAAAGUGGUGGUUCUAACCCCGUUCUUCGGGUCUAGAUUCUGGUUAUCCUGAUGCGUACGACGAUCGGUUACUCCGCGACGUAAUGGACGGCGUUCUCGUUCUUUCUCGUCUGGUCGUGACAGGCGGUCACCACGUAGAAUGAACGAUCGAUAUCGUCUUCCUUCUUCUCCCCGACAUUAUAGUCGGUCGUUAUCAAGAGAACGACGUUGACUGCUGACGCUUAUUUAACUUGUUCAUUGUUUUUAUUGGUUUAUACAUAUAUAUCAUGAAUCUAUCAUCUAACUAAGCCUUUUGCUUUUCUUAUCAGCUAAUAUCCUGCCGAUAUGGAUUGCCUGUAUGCUAUGCUGAUACAUGGGAGAUUGCUGUUGUUCGCAGUGUCAGGCGAGACAGUUUUGAUCAGUUAGCUGUUUGCAGAUUUUUAACUCGGAGUUUAGCUGUUAAUCUGGAAACAUAGUUGUGCUGGUGUGCAGUUAAAUCUUUCCGGCAAAGCGGCUGUCUGAUGGUGAGACUAGCAGGUUUUGCUGUGGUGCUGUAGCUGUUCACACAUUGUGUUAUGGGGAUUAGUCGGUGUAGGUCUAAAGGUUGCUCUACAGAGUAACCAAGAUAGCCAAUUCUCAAAGCGUGAACAGAAUUUGCUUGCGGACAUUUGGCGUUGACAACCAAGGUUGUUCAUGCUGGUGGGUGUGUGAGCUGUGGGGGUGGUUACAUGACUGCAGCAGGAUUGCCGAAAAGUGGUGGUUCUAACCCCGUUCUUCGGGUCUAGAUUCUGGUUAUCCUGAUGCGUACGGUAAGCCACUGGAGUAAUUGAUAAAACAUUUUCCAAAAUAUAUAACAGAUAACCGUAUUAUGAAGUGUCCGAAGAAUUUGCGCCUUCGGUAAGGCAUUUCACGUCUGCCUUCUAUUGUGCGUUGGGUAUGUAACGUAUUGUAUUGUAUCGUAUUAGUCGUCGUGAUUCCAAUGCAAUGUUUUGACAAUGCGCUGAACGUGGUUGUUUCAGUGUUGUAAGUAUGUAUCAACCGAUAAGUUGCGGGCUCUAACCCCACCUCACCUACCUCGGUUUGGGGAAUUCGGUUAGUAUCAUUAGCUUUCACAUAAACAGUGCGACUCAAAGUCGAGUUUAUAAGCCUGUGCUUAAUAAAUGGUUUACACUACACACUUCAUAUGCUUAGUUUAAGGAGGUCUUCGUGUGUCUGAUGGCUUAUCCAGCAGCCUGAUAGUAUGCUUUAUGUAUUUAAAUGUUGAUGCUCAUUAGUUUCUUAGUCUAAAUUUAACGGAAUUUUAUGCGAACUGGCUUGAGCAUCGAUAAAGAUGGUGGGAUAUAUCUAUUUUGGAAGUGUGUAGAUGCUAUAUUCCAUCGAAUAAAGAUCAGACUGGAGUUUGUCUACGAGGACAGUUUGUUGUAUGUCACCAACAAAGAACAGGUGCUUAGCACAGUGUUUCUUGACUGAUGUGUCGGUUUCAUGUUCGGGUGUUGACUGUGAGGUGAUCUCUUCAGGAUAAAUUGUCAAAUGGGUUUCCAGCACUGAACGUAACGAAGUAUCAUAGAUAUAUAGAGAUUGCAUGUAUAAAUGUCGAGACAAGUCAGUGAUCACAAUGGUGCAUUGGGUAGGGUCUAUUGUGUUGGGAUAAAUUGGUUGUUUCGACGAUGCACAUCGGUAUUAAGUGUCGAUUGGAAAGAUAGAUGGUGUCUAGAAGGUUUACUUUUGUUCAUCUUUUAUUUGUCGUUAAUGUUUCUAUUACGCAGUUGCAGCACCAGUCGCCUAAGUAUGAAAUAGUAGACUGCGCAAAAUUGUUUCUCGGCUACUAGGGUUUCCAUUGUUUGUGUUCUAUGUGAUAUCUUUGGUUUGGUAAGUGUAAGCUUGACUCACGUAUCCGGAUUGUGUAGUCAUGUACUGGUUGCGAACAGUUUUGUUAGAUUUAGAAAUGUGGUUGGAAUUCACCUCGCAUUCUAUUAGAGCCUGACUCUGGUCGGGUGUCAGAAGGAUGCUACAUUAAAAGGAGGGUAUUUGUGGAGGCAAUUUUGCUUCCCGAAUAGCUCCUACAUUGUUUGUUCCCUAUAGGGUGUUGUGUGGAGUGUGUGUAUGGUUCUAGUUUCGGCCAGUGCUAGAUUAAAAUAAACAAUAGUCAUUGACGUUUCCCAUCCUAGAGUUUUUGCAGUAGCAUGUACUUAUGUUUAUUACGAGUCUCUGUAAACCUGGUUGGAGAUUGGUAUUGCAUUUUCAUAGUACCAGGACAUUGUUCUGGUCUCCCAAAAUGCUAUAUUGAAGUAGACGGUCGCUAAUGGUAUUCACGUGUUUCUAGUACCGUUUCUACAAUUGUUUUCCAUACAAAUUGAUUUGAUUGAUUGGGGAUUGUUCUUCUGAGUUCAAUCAGUUUAUGGGAUUUACUCACCCUAAAUUGUGCAGAGUGUGAUUCGAUAAUGUUGCUUGCAUAUGAGUGCCAGUUGUUACACUGACAUGUAAGUGGGGUGUGACUGACUGCUCCAAUGUUAAGUGUAUUGCGCCUAAAGUGUAAUGAGGUGUCUAUGGUGUUAUAUGUGAUCUGAUUGAGCGUUUGCCUGUCAAAUGUUGCUGGACAAACUAGUGUUUGAUAGCCGCAAGUGAUGUGGACGAUGUCUAAUAUUGUUUAGUUUAGGAUUGAGUGGUUCUAUCUAACCCGGUGUUAUUAUAUGGUGAUGUGUUCAGGUCGGUUGUAGUUAGGUGUGGUCAUUAGUGUAGUCACCGAUAGGGUUAGGUGAAUAAUGAAUAUGUCAGACGGUUUGUGUAUAUGAACCGAAGUGCUGUUAGGUUAAUGAAGGCAGGUAUGUAUGUGUUUAAAAUUUUGUUUUGGAUUGUGCUGCAAGAGAAGUGUUAGAUUUUCGCAAGAAUUUGCAUUGUGCGUUCAUGUGUUUCACGUUGAUCAGGAAUUGUUUUGUUGGUGUAUAAGUCGGCGAAUUCGACACGCGAGAUUGUGAAUCGAAGAAGGGAGUGGGGAAAAUUAUGUGUUUGUCCUACCGACUGUUAGUUUGAGUGAUGGUGUCAACCACUUGUAAGUAUCGUGCAGUUUUCACUCGGGUUCAAUGUAGUAGAGUGAUGUUAGUUGGUUGUAAGUUUUUACUGAGUCAUAUAGUCGUUCAUUUGUUGGGAAUUAACCUUCUUUCAUCCAAGUGGGUGUCUGUGCAGAUUUGAUUAUGUGUAUGUUGCUCGUAUUAUUUAUUUGUGACACGUAACGUGUUUGGUACAAUUGAGUGCUAGGAAACGCACCAGAUGAUACGAAGUGAGGAUAGGUGUUCAAAAAGACAAAGUGGCUGGGGAAGUCCUGUAGUCACGACGAGAAUGAGGACUUUAAGAGAUACAGUUCAAGUUUCGGAGGAACGUCAAAUAGGACUACCGAAUAAUCACCACUGGCUUUUAUUCUGAGUCAUGUUCAGUGACAUCUCACUGCACUGAGUUGUACGAUUGGUAGGAGGAGGACCGUUGUUGAGGAGUGAUUGUUGAAUUGCGUUGUGGCCGCGGUUGGGACUUAGUUAGGUUUUGAUGAUGUAUAGAGAAGCUGCGCCGGUGUUUUUACAAUUGGUGAGAUAAUGAAAUAAUGUAUUGUUGUGUUUGUGUAGUAAACAGAGUUAACAGUUGGUGCCCCACAGUAUUGGUGGUGACAUGUUGUUUGUGCUCAGCUGAUGAAUUGAUAACUGGUUGUCAUCCAUUUUGUGUUUCAAGUGGGUAUCAUGCCUUUCGGAUUUGUGCAACGUGUUAUUCUUUUUAAGGGUACAAUUGUUAAAUGUUAGACUUCGAUUAAUGAGGUUGCUAUUUUUUUACGUCAAGACAGUUUGAUUGAGCAAUGAAUUUGUUGGCGAAUACCACAUAAGUAGUAAUAGAAGAAGGAUGGUAAGCGGGCGUUGACGGGAAAGUGGGAAAAUGCAGGAGAAGUUUUUAUUCAGUGGCGUGAAUGGAUGUGGCAUGAAAUCAUUUAUGGGUUUUGGUCUGUUGGAUUUAUGCCUGCUUAACGAAGCGUCACGGAAGUGAUAUUGGAUUUUGCAGGAAUCUUCUGGUGGCUCUUGAGGGGAGCGCGUUAUAUCUCGUAAGAGUUGCCGUUGCACGCCUGUGAGGAGGCGAAUUGAUGUGGAACUAUGAAGAAUGGCCAGUGUGUAGUGCUGUAACAGGAACUGGAGUAUACACGUAUAUGUAGUAGAACGAAAUAAUAAAGAUGUUUAGUGAAUGGCAUCUGACGAAGGCUGGUUAACAAGCCUAGUGCUUCAGUGAUGCCAAAAUGAACGUAGCAAUCACUGGCGGUGUGCAUCGCAUCCCGUUAAAAUUGCUUCUACAUAUUGAAACAUGAUUCUUUUUGUGCAUUCCGCUAGAGCCUGACUGUAGUCGGGUGUUUUAGGAAUGCUAUAUUGAAAGGAUUGAUUUGUUGGCAAAACUACUGUCUACUGUGAAUCUCUCCUACAAAGUUGCAGAUUCAGAUGUUAGAUUUUUGUGCAUUUUCAUAGUACCAGGAUAUCGUUCUGGUCUCCCAAAAAUGCUAUAUUGAAGUAGACGGUCGCUAAUGGUAUUCACGUGCCUCUAGUACCGUUUCUACAAUUGUUUUCCAUACAAAUUGAUUUGAUUAAUUAGGGAUUGUUCGUUUGGGUUUGACCAGGUGAUUGCCUGACAUUUGGACAGUCCAUAUAGAUGAGAUGACAAAUAGAAAGCGUUGUGGAUGAGAAGUAUACUAUUAGGAUUUAGCCUACCAUGAGUGGCGAUUAUGUAGUAUUUGCGUAUUAUAUGCAAACCAAUUUUAUGGGGAUGCUUGUUAGUCUGUAUGAAGAAUUUCCCGACGGUGAAGUUUUUAUAUGUUUAGUGUACUGUGUGCAUUGGUUAUUGUGUUUUACUUGGUAAUAAGUGUAGGUAUAGCUAGUUAAUUAUUCUCUCUGUAUUUCAAUUUAUCUUGUUAUAUUUGUUCUACUUCUCUCUUUAAUUAUUGGUGUCCACUUGCAUGCAUCAUUUAUCACUAUUUUUGUGUAACUGUAUUCUCGCAAAUGAGUUCACUUUUAACUUUUCAGACGAUCGGUUACUCCGCGACGUAAUGGACGGCGUUCUCGUUCUUUCUCGUCUGGUCGUGACAGGCGGUCACCACGUAGAAUGAACGAUCGAUAUCGUCUUCCUUCUUCUCCCCGACAUUAUAGUCGGUCGUUAUCAAGAGAACGACGUUGACUGCUGACGCUUAUUUAACUUGUUCAUUGUUUUUAUUGGUUUAUACAUAUAUAUCAUGAAUCUAUCAUC